CGCGAGGGAAUCGGCCACCGAGGGAUCGUCAGAUAUCCUCGUCGAACGUUUUUUUUUUCCUUUUUACCGCGAGUAUCGCGAGUGUCGAGCGGCUAGUCACCGGGUUAUUGACGUGGAUCGCGUCCCUUCUUGACGGGAUUAAAUGACAUAUCCAGGGAGUCUACCUUCGCCUGCAAAGUGUGAGUGCAACCUGCGAAAUCGCGCGACAACCUGUCGACAUACACGCGUAUAUAUUUCGCGAUGAUCCGCGAACACGGAUGUGGGAGGAAAGGAAAGAGAGAAUAGACGAUUAGACCAGCCGGGUUUUGUGUAUCUCCGAGGUGCCCAAAGUGCGCUGAUCAGUCAUCUCCGCGCCGACGGUCAUCCCCUUUAGAUUUAGGCGCGCCGUGAGGCGAUCGGAACGUAAUUGGGCGACGAAAAACCGGUUACCGAUAUGUAACGACAACCAGCAAGAAAUUGCAAGGUUCGGUGACCUAUCUCUCUUUCCUUCCCCUCGCGUUUCUUUUUCUUCUCACGCUGCCGUGUCGCGUUAUUCUUAGUAUUCUUAAUUGGUAACGCGCGCUAACAUUUUAUUUCCUUUAGAUUCACUCUUCUUUUUUUCUCUCUCUCCAUGAUUUAUCGAAGAUCAUCUUUCGACAAAUGUUCCUAUUUUAAAGGCUUUAGUAUUACGAGAGCGCGCGUUUUUAGAUACUAGAAAAAUUAAGAAAACGAGAAAACGAAUCCUCAACUUCGGAAUAUCUUUGCGUUUUCAGAGAAUCGAGAAUUAUCAUGUUGUCGCAGCGAUUGCGCUGGCUCCUGCCGGCACUAAUCGUGUCCUGGACGAGCCUGCAGUUAGUCGCGGCUCUACCGGCUCACAACGAACGUUCACACGUAUCUGCAAACGCGUUUGAUCCUAGCGCGGCCACCUCAACAAUUAUCCGUCAGGACCACGAUGGACGCGCGCAUCAUCCAACGAACGGCAAAAACGAGACGCAGUCCGGCCACAAACUGGUCGCUUCCCCGGCCGGACUUUUGCGGCCCGACAAGUUUCAGUUUUAUACCUACGACGACAAGGGCGAUAUGAUUACGCGGCAGAUGACCGCUCAGGAAAUUCAAGGUCUCAUCGCGGCAGGUGGGGCGGAUCACGUCGCGAUGGACAGGCAGGAGCCUCAAAAAGCCGACGAUGUCCUGACGGGCGGCAAAAAGGUCAUGGAUGUGGUACAGAAGGUACAGAACGUGCUGAAGAGCGCACUCGAUAAGCCACCGACCUUAACGGGUUCGAUACCGAAGAUUCCGGAACACGCGAACGUCGAAUGGAGCAACAUUCUACCUUCGAUUCUAUCCGGCGAGACGGACGCGAUCUCCCCGAACGGCGAAUCCAGCCAACUGUCGCACAAGAUUACGACGGAGAGGACGGAAGUUGAGUCGACGUCGAGACAUCCGACGAAAAAACCGGCGACAUCGGACGUUCAGACGAACGCGUACGCCGGCUUUACCAAUAACGCGCAGGGGAAACCUCAGCAUGGCCAUCACUCGCAGCAAACGGCAGCGACCGAGAAACCGAUGAUCCCGGUUCCGGUCAUCACCCUGACGGAACACAAGUUGUCCACGUUGCAAUCCGCCGUUACCGAGAGCCCCAUCUUCCAGAUAAUCAGCGUGAUUCCGGUCGAGAGUGUCGCGAUCAAGGGAGGCCAGACCGACCUUCCGUCUACAGCUGGGACCAGUGCCGCGAGUUCGGCGAUCACCCAGCCGCCCGCUCAGACCGAGGGAAGUCAAACGGAACAGUACGUCGAAUUGACUCUGUCCGAAGUGCCCGAAGGCAUAACGUUCCCGCAGCUGACGAGCCUAGACAUGUAUCCCGUAAGUAUUACGAAGCAGACGACCACGAGCAACAAGGUCGGAAGCCAAGGGAUGGAAGCCGCGGCGACCUAUUCGACGACCACGCCGGGCGUAUCGAUACAUUCCUCCGUCACGAAGAAGACCGUGACGCAAGGCGGGUCCGGCGAGUCGACGAGCGCGACCGACAAGAUCUCUCCCUCGAACGCGAGUUACGUUCUCGUACAGAGCAAGAACAAUACGAAGGUAUCUGACGAUUCCUCGUUCGCGUCUGGCGUUACGAAAGGAUCUCAAGCGAGCGGGACGUACAAUGACGAUAAGGUAAUCCCACAAACCGAUACCCUCGCCACCCCGGUGCCGAUUUCUCAUGCGUCUUCGAAACCCGAGGAGGAGGGGUCCAACGAAACCACACCGCGCUCACCGUCCACGCUCGCUUCCGUUACGAGAAUCAAGGCCCCGACCGUCCCGACGUCGUUGCACACGCUCAUCUCGGAUCAUUAUCUCGGCGAGGGCUUCUCAACGGUUACGAAAGAGUCGUCGGGCCCGGUUACGUCGACAUACGGGGAGAAUUAUCUUAAUCCUCUGCCGACCGAGAUUCACUCCUCGCCGCCGAUAGAACCGUUACCCACGCAGUUAAUCGACUCCUUCUCGAGUGUAAUAAAUCAAGUUUCGGAAGUGAAACCACCUGUCUUGCCCCUGUCGUCCACGUCGAACGAAAGGCCCGAGAUACCGAUCGUGAAUAUUAAUUACGAUCAGAGGCGCAACGUAUCCGAGGCGAACGAGACCGCGGUCGUAAAAGAGGAGAAUUUCAGGCCCGUCGUUAAUACGCAAACCUACGUAACCGUUACCACAGAGAUCCCGUCACGAGACGCAACUCCCGAGCUCGUUGAACAUUCCGUCAUCUAUCGGCCUCUCAACGCGUUGGACGGGGUAUCAAGCACGAUCGGUGUUCCCGCGAGCUCCCAGAUUACGGCGACGACAUCAGCAACUUCGAUCAAGAUCGGAGCGACGAAUAAUAGAGUAGUGAUCAGUAAUUCAGCCACGACGCCAGCUGGGCUCAAAUCGACCGCAACGAUUUCCGGAUCAACGGCACCCUCGUUCGUGCAGCUUCAACUCGAGAAGUCGCACGCUACGGUCGCGGCUCCGCCGGCUGGCCAGACCGAAAGUCCCGCGGCUCCCGAGAGUACCGCCGACAGAAUCGCACCUUCCGAAAAGACCUCUACGUCGAUAGCGCCUAAUGCAGCCAAAACUCAAUCGACAAUCGCACCGAUCGACACGAGUCUAUCGUCGAUUAAGCCUAUGACGACUAACGAAUACUUUGACAACGCUCUCGCGAGCUUGAACCUGAGCGAUCCGGUGUCCGCGAUCGAUCAAGUAUUGAGCAUCGCGCCGCUACCGUCCAGCAUCCCCGCGAUCGAGCCGAUCGGUUUACCCAGCAACGCAUCGAAUUUCACGGCUAGCGGUUUAGCGAGCGGCCUCAUCGCCGGAUUUGCAACGAGCACGUCAGGCGUAUUGACCGACAAAAUUAACAGCGAUCAAACGGUUGAGAACAAAUCGGACGAAUACACGAAGCUUACCCAAGAAUCUAUCGAAAAUGUCACUAAAAUAUAUGAAGAGAUUGUGGGACUUGAUCUAAACGAUCAGAAGGAAAGAAACGUUACGCAGUCGACGCAAGAGACAUUAACGGACCCGGCUCAAAACGGUACAUUAAUUUACGGCGCACUGACGCGGACGAAAGAGUCGAAUGAUACUUUGGAACCGAUUAAAUUGUCGAGUAGUAACGAGAAAUUCGACAAUUCUACGAAAGCACCUUUAUCAUCCCCGGCAAAUAAGUUCACAACCGUCAAUGAUGAAGCAAAGAACGGUGUUGGGCAGAGCGCAACGACCGUGAGAAUCAUCACCGUAAAUCCUGAGCGGACGACAACGACUCGUUCGCCAGGCGUCAAUAAAACGACGCUUGGUGCGAGCAACAACCAGAAGAAAACGGAAAUCAAGGAGAAGGUGAAAACCACAGAAGCGCCCAUUGUGAGGACGGACCAAAGUCCAGAAUUUUCUCAGGUAUCCGUGAUAGUUGCGAAUGAUACCGGAAACUCGGGACAGGCGGAGAGCAGCCCGAAAAUAGAGGCGUUAGGCGAAAAGAAUGGUUCGUUCGCGGAUACUUCGCCGGUGACGAAGGAGACCGUAGCGAUUCCCUCCGUCAAUGAUUCCAUCUCCAAGUUGUACAGCUCACCUGCAUAUAGUAACCUAACAGCGGAUGCCUCCGUUUCGAACGUUACGUCUGACAGCGCUAGCGAGUCGAAUCAAAAUUCUACCGAUUCUGCAUUUUCGCAGCAUCCAAAUCGUGUUACCAGCACAGUUGGCUACAAAGACAUAGAUGACACGCAGAAUAAAAAGGACGAAAAUAACAAUGACUCUUCUCCUCAAUCGAUCCAAGAACACACCGAUAGCUCGAUCAAGGUUGUAACACAGGAAUCGACGGGCAACGCAAGCAAGAACAAAGGAGAUACUCCCCGGCCUGACAACCCUGUCAAUAAUACGUCAAAUCAGAGUGUGGCGCAGAUCGCAUCGACGUCAAUAAAGAGCGACGGACAUUCGGAUAAUAGCACGGAGAACAAGACCGCGUCUUUGAAACAUUCCGAGAGUUCGCCAAAGCCGGACGUGACACGCUUGCAGACGUCGACGCCACCCUCGAGUGCUCCGGUCCGUCAGACGUUGAAGCCCACGGUCGGUCAUAGACCGUCGGAGAAGUCCGACGUUACAAAGACUGAGGCAGACGUAAUCGCGGAGGACAAGUGGACGCUCAUAUCGCAACAGGUCCCGCCGACCGUGUCGAAGCUUCCGAAGCCUUCGAAACCGCCGAAGCCGCUGAGAAAACCGGUCAAUAACGCUCAGACGUCGUCGCCGUUGUCAUCGCCUCCCACCUCGAGUGAGAGCACCCUGGUUCGUUCUCCAGGAGCUGAAGCGGCGGCGCAUCAGCAAGAUCAGCAGCAUUUCCCGACGCAGUCCCUCCUACCGCUAGACGCGUCUCAGAGCGCAAUUGGCUUGGACAUCACCAUAAGACACACGAGCGCCGACAUUGUAAAUUUCGCCAAGCUGUGCAACGAGCUGGCCUUCAAUUUCUGGGUGGCCACCAACAAGGGUCUGAGCACCGCGAGAUCGCUGGCGCUAUCGCCGUUCGGCAUGACCAGCUUGCUGGCGAUGAUCUUCCUGGGCGCUCGCGGCCCGACGUCCGAUCAGAUGAACGAGGUCCUCGGUCUGGACGACGUGGCCACGUUCAAUCCGCACCUGGUCUUCCAGAACAUAACCGACGCGGUGGGCCUGGCCCGUGGCCAGGGCAUCGCGAACGCCGCCUUUGUCCGCGAGCUGUUCGCCGAUAAGAUGAAGGUCAGGAAACUCAUGCCCUUCUACAAGGAGCAGGCGCAGCAAUUCUACGAGGGUCUCGUGACCGAGGUGAACUUCGCCACCAUCAGCGAUCUCGUGCGCAGGAGAACGAAUCUGCUGGUCAGGAAGCAGACCGGUGGCCGAAUCAAGGACUUCGUCAAGACGAACACGGUGCCGCUCAGAUCACCCUUGGCGGCACUCUCCGCCAACGUGUUCCAGACCGAUUGCAACAGCAGUCUGACCAGUUCCGUCGGCAGGGACGGCGAGCUGUACUUCGCCGUCUCGCCGGCUGUCCGACAAAGGAAACUCAUCCCGGUCCCGGCCACGACUUGGCGAUCGGGUGUCCUGGCCGGCUACGAGCCCAGCAUCGACGCUACGGCGGUCGCUCUCGGUGGCAGCGACAAGUUAGUUUCGACGAUCUUCGUGUUGCCGGGUCAGCAGGGCCACACAGCGCCCGGCGAUAACCUGGAUCGUCUCGAGCAGCGCCUCGUCAGAAGCGCGUUCCGCGACGGCGCCUGGAACAAGCUGCUCAAGGUUCUGAUAUCGAGACACGGUCUCGAGCUGCAGGUGCCCAAGUUCAGUCACAGGUCCGUGGUCAACGCGACUGCCGCCUUGAAGAGGAUGGGCCUCGACGAGCUCUUCUCGGGCAACGCCGACUUUAAGGGCAUAAAUGGCGUAGGUCACCGUCUUCACUUAGCCGACGUGUUACAGAUGAAUUUGUUCAGCACCUGUGGCGACGAGAAUAUUCUCAGCGGACGGCAUCACGUAGAAACGUAUCCCGCGAGUCCAUUAAGGAGAAAUGUCGGACGACGAAUGGAGGACGACAAUUCCGGCAACGUUACCGAGGAGGAUACGUCGAGAUACCGCGCGCUGUCGCAAGAGGACAAUGGGGAUUCUUACGCGGACCAAUCGCUCACGGAUCUGUACGGAUUCUACAGGGAGGAGAGGCAGCUCUCCGGAUCGUUGGAAAGACCGAGAUUGAAGCUCGACAGGCCCUUCUUAUACUUCGUCCGGCACAAUCCUUCCGGCAUAAUACUUCACAUGGGACGUUUCAAUCCGCGAUUACUGCCCUAAACGGAGGCCCAACUAUCUUCCAACCGAAUGCCAUUAAUUCGAUCCUGUUCCUUCUAUUCGACAUCCACAAAUUUUUGUACGACCGAGGAAAAUAACUGACUCUCGAGAUACAAUUGCUCAAACCACUCGUUCUCUAUUAGUCGGGAGAUCUAACGCGACAUUGCACGAUCUGUCGCGGCUCGCUCCUUUUAAACAACGAAGGUAGGACGUGUACUUGGUAUGUAGAAAAUUUGUAAACAAUUUUGCUUAGAGUUAUAUUUUACGUAUUAGUUUUUCCAUGGUCUUCACUUAGAGAUAAGAAAUUAGCGCGAUAUCUCGCGAUAUCGUUCGCGGCACGUUAAUAUAUGUCACAAACGGACCCACGCGACAUUGGCAUGGAUCUUAUCACUUUUAUGGUAUAUUUAGGGAGUGGUUAAACGCAUAAAAAUAACAGACUGAAGAACGGAAGAAAAAAGAAAGACGGUACGAAAGAGAAAGAUCUUAAUCGCGGUCCAAAUAAUCAUCAUCAAUUUAUUAUUAUUUAUAGAUGUCUUGUUUCAUGUACGAGCAAAAAUAUGACGAUUAGCGCGAUCGCCAGCGAAUAUUAAACGCAAACUUUUAUCGAGUAUCAAUACUCUAUUUGGACCCUGAUUGACAUUAUACGCAUUCUUUUUAAUACGAUCAAUUGUGAUAUGUAACUGAGCGUUGAAUUUUCUUUUUGUACAUUUCGUAGAAUUAAUCUGUUAGGAUUACGCGUUCAGUCCACACGCACGUUACAUUGUGUAUGAAAAAUAUUUCAAUGUAUCCUUUCUCAACGAAGACUUUUAAUGUCGAACGGAUGACGCGUUGAAUAAAAGCAACAUCUCUCGUUCGUUCUGUCGUUUUUAAAGGCAAACUUCCAAGCUGGCUCUUUGGGCAUUACCGUACUUGUGAACAUAAGAUAAGGAAACUGCGUUACGCUGAUAUCGCGCAACCUACCAUAAAUAAUAGUAUAUGCGAACUUCUUUCCCAAUACGGACAGCUCCGAAACACCGACCGACAUUCACUUAUCGGCAUUGUAAAAUAUCUCGCAAUGUAGAAUAUAUAAACAAAUAGCGAAAAUUACAUUGUACCUGCUGCUAUAAAUUUUAAUCGACACGAUCUUUGACGAAACGUAUGACCCGCAGACGCAUCACAAUUACGUCAUCAUAUGUGUAUCAUAUACACUACCGUUCAAAAGUUUGGAUGCACUACCUUCUUAAGAAAAACAACAAUCGUGCCAAUAAAAUUCUUUAAAUGAACUUUUUCCUUGGAAAAUGA